UCUCUCGCAAAAUCUGCAAACUCUUUUAACUUCACACAUUCAUUCAUUUAUACACGUCUCUCAUACUUGUCUCCAUACAUAGAAUAGAAUACAGAGAGAGAGAGAGAGAAUUGUGGGUUUUAGCUUAAAAAGUGGACAAAAAAAUGGAAGGAAGGAAGAAGAGCGCUUCGUCUUCUUCUCCAUCGUUAACCUCUGAGCUUUUUGGUUCCAGAGAUAAUCCUUCUUCUUCUUCUUCGGGGGUUCUCGGAUCCAUUUUUCCUCCUCCUUCUAAGGUUAUGCGACAAGAGACUGUGACUGGUGGUGCCUGGAACGACAAAUCCUCCAAGACUGGUGAUGUUGACAGAAACAAAGAAGAGUUUGGUUCAGUUUAUCAUCAGGAACAACAAGAGAGAGUUCAACCUUGUCAUCUGAGCUCUUCCAUCUAUUACGGUGGCCCUGAUGUUUAUAUCCAGCCUUCUCAGAAUUCCAACUCUACUAAGAAGAAAGAGGGAGGAGAAGAUGAUUCCGGAAGUGCUUCAAGAGGAAAUUGGUGGCAAGGGUCUCUGUAUUACUAAGUAGAGAUACCUGCUACUUAAGCCAGCCAGUGUUAUACUACAAAAAGCAAGGUAUAUAUAGGAAGAAAAAAAAAAUAGAGUAGCAAUGGUUCAGUUGGUAUUAGUAAAACUUCUCAUCUUAUUAUUACAAACAAGCAUGAAGAAGUUUGAAGGGUAGAUGCAAAGACCAGGAAAGCUUGUCUGGGGUUAUUGUGAUUAACCCGACCGGUUCAGAUUUAACUUUCCGCAGUGUAUGGAUAAAACAAUGGGAUGGUUUUGUAAGAAAAACUAUAGUAAUAAGUUUCAAGUUUCCACGCAUAUAAAUAAAUCUGUUGGUUCUAGUUUCAUUGAAGGAAACAGUUGUUAUUUUGCUAUGUACUUGGAAUGAUAGUGUAGUUGGUCUGGUUAUCAUCGGAGUUUGUGAUUGCUAUAAAGUUUAAAAGGUAGCUGUUUUUCAGUUACUAUUAGAUGUGGUUACCUAUGCCUCUGAUUUUGAGAACAAUGUUGAGAUUCUGCCUUUUGUCAUAGUUCUUGAUUCUCUUGAGACUUUCAUACAAUGUUGAGAUCCACUUCCCGACUUCAUAACUCAUUGUAUUUACUUGGGUUCAGUCGUACU